AUGCCCUCUUUUCCAGCAUUUCCUUAUUUCAGCAAUUCAUCGGCAGCACCGGCGUUUUUUGCGCCAGAUGGCGUGCCUCCAAAGACCCAUUUUGCACAGCAGCCCUCAAACAUGGACGAACUUCAUUCUGUGAUUAUGCGGUUCCACCAAUACCUGCGCUGCUACCGUGACGACAGGACCAUUUCUGAACAGUUUAAAAAGCUUCCAUUGCGGGAAGAAGACCCAGAGUAUUAUGAAAUCAUCCGACAUCCCAUCUCGUUCCUGAUGAUCCGAAAUCGGAUCGACAAGCUGAAGUACACGUCACUCCAUCAAUGGCUUUCUGAUGUGGAGCUGCUUUUGGCCAAUGCUCGCGUGAUUGCCUCAAAAAGACCCUCUGCCAUAAAUUCAGCUUUAAUGUUCAAGGACAUCGAUGCGCUACAACCACAAUUAUUGGGCCUCUCUGCUACUUCCGGCUCGCCUGCCCACAAAAUCGACGUGGUCCAGCAAGCGCCAUAUCAAUUUAAUGUUAUCGACGGGAUGGGCCGGCUCCCCCUGUCGCUAGAGAUGCCAAAUUCAAACACACAGCUGCAUAUUGGCGAUUCGGUGUCCUUUCUUCUCCCAUCAUCUGAUGGGUUUGGGGCCGGGCGGCCACCUGCUUCUUCCGAAACGAAGGAACUUUUUGCGACACCGAUUUUAAAGCUGGUCCUUUUGUCUGCAAUUAUCCAGAAAGUUUCGAUUUCGUUGUUUGGAGCACCGAACAUUGUUCAGCAGGCAAAUUCGUCCGGCAGCAAUUUGUACCACUGCAGCUAUUUAUUUGACACCGGCUGCAACCGCGUAUAUCCUUGCAACUUUUCGGCAAUGGCUCAACUGAAAGGUGCGACCGUGUUAUCCGAAAGGAGAGACGACACCUUUUCCAUUCUUCCGUCCCUGCAGAACUCUCUUCAAUCGAGGAAGCGUGUCGGGGAAAGUAUCAAAGUUGGAUGCACGUUUUCAACGGCCUGCUCGCGACAUGCUUCGGACCACAUCAUCCAGCUGCCAGAGCUUUUAUCUUCCGGCAUGGCGACGCCAGCGAAAUCGGCAUUUAGGCAGAUUUCAGAGCCGUUCCAAAUGCAUGUCAACACCCACUGCCAAGCUUUUGAAAGUGCACACGCGGUGAUGCCGAAUCUACCUGCGGAGCUGGCAUCUUGUUUUUCCAGAGACAAGGCGGGAAACGUUGUUUGGUACCCCACACCGCCCAUCAAUCCUGUUCAAAAGGAGGCUCCUGUGCACUCUGCCGACUACAUUUUGUGGAAAGAAAAUUUGCAAUCUGUUAGCCGAUAG